AUGAAGCUCUCCAUCUUCAAGUCACUGUCAUUAUUGGCAGCAUGUGGGGUUUUCCUACCAACUUUUGUGGUGGGGCAUCAGCAUGAUGAAAUUGCACAGCAACAUUUGAAUGUAGAGAGAUUGGGACUUGGAAAGGUCGAUGGAAGUGUGAGUAAGGAAGAAAAGCAAGAAUUGGAGAGACUUUGGGGGUUUGAGUGGUCUUUCUCAGGAAUUUCGACAUUUGCCCAUCUUGAAUACAAGAAAUGCCUCACUACCCCCGAGGAACUUUUCGAUAUAGGGAUUCUAGGUGUUCCAUUCGACACGGCAGUCAGCUAUCGGCCAGGGGCAAGAUUCGGACCCAAAGCUAUUCGAGCCGCUAGUGCUAGACAAACUAGCUUUAGAGGAUUUAAUACGAGAGCUGGAAUAAAUCCAUACACAUCGUUUGCUCGCAUUCUUGAUUGCGGAGAUAUCCCAGUAACUCCCUUGGAUAAUGCCGUGGCAUUAGAUCAAAUGACGGCAGCUUAUACCGAACUACUAAACCGGAAGCCCUCCUCAUCAUCACUUACCCAUCCAAAGAUUAUUUCCCUAGGGGGUGACCAUAGUCUAGCACUGGCAGCUCUUCGGGCUCUUCGUCAGGUCUACAAGCAACCAAUCGCCGUCCUUCACUUUGAUGCUCAUCUUGAUACAUGGCACCCAGCUAAAUAUCCAGAUCCAUGGGCAAGUAUGCAAGCGCAAUUCAACCAUGGGAGCAUGUUCUGGCUCGCUUCAAAUGAAGGAUUAAUCAUGAACGGUAGUAGUGUCCAUGCGGGAUUGAGAACACGACUAAGUGGUGAUAAUUACGCGGAUUAUAAGGAUGAUGAUAGACAAGGCUUUUUAAGAAUCUCCGCGGAUGAUAUUGAUGAUCUUAGACCUCAAGGCGUGGUAAAGAAAAUUAUGGAGAGAAUUGGAACGGAAGUUCCGGUUUAUCUUAGUAUUGAUAUUGACGUUUUGGAUCCCGGCGUAGCACCAGGAACAGGCACGCCUGAACCUGGUGGAUGGACGAUGAGGGAGCUGAUUAGAAUAUUAAGGGGAAUAGAGGGAUUGAAUGUCGUGGGUGCGGAUGUCGUGGAGGUUAGUCCGAGCUAUGAUGGAGCAGGGGAAGAAACGGCACUCAGUGGUGCGCAGGUGGUUUUCGAAAUGUUGACGAGUGUUGUCAAGAGAGGACUGAGGGAUAUGGGAAAGGUUACAGAAGUCAAAGAAAGUAGGAAGAAGGAGGAGCUAUAA